AUGAAGGUGCUACUGUCGUUUACCCUGGUCAUCCUAACUUGUGUAAAUGCACAAACUAUAACAAAUAAAGCUAUGAGAACUCUAUUUAAAUAUGCGGAUACGAAUGCGACAGAUAAGUUAACCACCGCUCUGAACAAGGAUAACACCACGGCUGAGAGAAUCAAGCGGGUAACCACCUGGAUUGAAACUAACCUGGUCAAAAAAGGUGCUACAGUGCCAAAAGGAGCCGUAGAAGGAGAUAAGGCGGCUACUCUAAAAAGAGUGAAAGCAUUCCUCAAUCAAAGAGAGUCACUUAGAAAGCUCGUCAAUCAAGUGAAUGAUCCCGUCAGGACCGUCGUACCGACAGCCACGGUCAAUGAGAUGAAAAAACUGUUCUGGAAAAUCGACCAAGAGAAAAAUAAUGAUCUGAGUCUGACCGAUCCGGAGUUUCACAAAAAAGUUCUUGGCUUGAUACCCAAAGAUAAGCAGAAGGCAGUCAUGAACAAAGUGAAAUCAGCCACAGAAACUUUUCAAAAGAAAAAUCCAACGGAUGCGAAGAAUUUGCUUUGGGAUUUUUAG